AUGGUAAUACUGAUCAUAACUGGUGUUGCAGUGGGUGUAACCGUUGGAAGAAAAUCAAAUAUAAGCACAGAUGAUGGUACUACUGAACUUUCAACGACAACUACAACCAAACGUCCAGAUCCGGAAUGUCUAUUGUCAACAUGGAAUGACAACGGCACUACCAUCGCUGGUUCUGAAGACGGAAUUCAUGGCGAUUCGCUUAAUCUACUCUACAAACCACGUGAUCUAGUAAUAGAUAAUAAUAACGAUAUCUACAUUUCUGACACACUGAACAGUCGUCUAAUAAGAUACACAUCGAAUGCUGUUGAAGGAUAUCCUAUCUUGAACCGUUUAAGCAUACGAGGAAUUGCUUUGAGUGCAGACGAACAAGCCAUUUAUCUGUCCACCUUUGCAUUCCAUAUAGAGCGUAUUGAACGAAUUAACAAGAACGGAUCAGGUGUAAGUACUGUAAUCGUACCAACGGAAGUUUUUAGCGUUUGUUAUAGUCUCGUUGUUCGACUAGAAAAUACUUACAUUUGUGACACAAAUAAUAAUCGAGUGAUUUUAUGGUUUAACUCUAAUUCAAGUUUUGAUGUGGUUGCUGGCGGAAAUGGAUUUGGAACUGAUUCUGAGCAUCUGCAAGCACCUGAGGGAAUAUUUGUUGAUGAUGAUCUAAAUAUUUACGUCGCUGAUACACGUAAUCAUAGGAUACAACUUUGGAAAAAAGGAACAUCAAAAGGAAUAACCGUCGCUGGAAAUCCUCUCUCACUUGCUGGAUCUGGUCUUGGAGAACUGAGUUCCCCGAGAGCAGUUAUUAUUGAUAGCCGUGGUACAAUGUUUAUUGCUGACGCUGGUAACCAUCGAAUUUUGCAAUGGUUUAAAGACGAGACUCAAGCAAGAUCAAUACUUGUAGGAAGUACUGGCACAUUUGGAUUAAAUCCGAAUCAAUUGAACAAUCCUACAAGUUUAAAGUUUGAUACUAAGGGAAAUCUCGUUGUGGUGGAUAGUGACAAUAAUCGCGUACAAAAGUAUUUAGUUGAUAACAGUCAAUGUUAA